UGGGGCACUAUUGAUAGUCACCACUACGGUAUUCGCUUCGCCGCUCUUCGUGAAGUCAUUGCAACUGGCCGAACUGUUGUCCUUGACUGUCAAGUGCAGUCUGUCCAUCUGCUCCACCAACCGGAAUUCAAUCCACAUGUCGUCUUCGUUGCUGCCCCACCCUUCGAGACCGCCAAGGCGAUGAUGGAGAAGGGAAUUCGUGAUAAUUUGACGACUAAUCGACGCUCGGAUGAGGAACUGCAGGCACUCGUGGAGGAGUCUAAAACCUUUGCUGUUCGUCAUCAGCACCUCUUCACACACACCCUCGUCAACAAUGAUAUGACCGAGGGUGUUGGCAAACUCUCCCGUCUGGUAGCCCGUCUGGAAAAACAACCAGGCUGGAUACCCGCGGGAUGGGCUUACGAAAUGAGUCUUCCAAAGGGGUUCGGUGCAGCCGGAAGGAGGAAAGAAUUCAUGCCAGGUGACAGCACCCUCUCGGGCCUAGGUAUCCCCGGUCUACCGCCAAAUGCCCAAUCUGUCAUUGGGCGUUCUAACAUGUCAGUCCUUUCUGUGGUAUCGCACGAGUCCGCGGCACGAUUGGCUCGCCCACCUAGCAUCUGUAGCUCCAUCCAGUUGCCCUCGCACAACGUAUCCGGUCGACGGCUCUACGAGAAGCGCAGUCAGCGUGGCCGCGAUUUUCAACCUAUGAAUCCACCAAUUCCAGAGCAGUCGCCCUCUAACUCUUCAAGAAACCCCUCGAUAUCGGAUGAUCUAGAUCGACGUCAGGCCCCGGGGAGGGUGGCACACAAACCUGAACCUCUUCAAACCACAAAGAAUCGAACCCCGGCCGAGCGUCGAGUUCCCGUUCAAGGACCUGCAGCCAGGAGAGGUCCCCGCCCUGAGCGGACUCGAGGUACAACGUCUGCUGAAGACUCUAUCAGUAGCACUUCCUCCGAGGAUGAGGAAGAAACCUAA